AUGCCUGGGCUGAGGCUGGUUGAUAUCAGUAAACCUGAAUGGCUCGAGUAUAUCCAGAAAACAAAUUUUCACAAUUAUGUUAAGGGGUCUCGCUUCCACUCGGUUAUGACUGAUGUCUUCGGGAACGGGAUCUUCGUCACUGAUGGUCAGCUGUGGAAAAAUAGUCGGCACAUUUUGGCCCCUCUUUUCACUGUCAAAUCUUUCAAGGCUUGCAUAUCCCCGAGCCUCAGAGUCAAUCUUGAUACCUUGAUCGAAGGCCUGGAGCUUGCUUCUGAAAGUCGACCAACUGUCGAUCUUUGUGAUGUACUCUUCAAGUUCACGUUGAACUUCAUUGUAUACACGACCUUGGGGAAAAAUAUGGGUCAGCUCGACCAGCUCCAUCUUCCUCCGAUCAGACCCUUAUCGCCCUCGCCAGAUUCUACGUUUGUCGAUGCAUUCGAUUUCGCUCAGAACCAAUUGGACUUUCGAUUUUCGAUCAUCACCCUCUGGAAAGUCUUCGAGAGAGUCAACAUACGCUUAGGAAACAAGAUCAGGUCAGCAUGUAAGACUCUUCACCGGUACGCCUCCUCGUUAAUCGACGAGCGGCUGGCCAGCUUUGACCAAGACGCCCAGAGGUAUCACGAAACUCCUACCGAUCUCCUGGGCUUUUCCCUCAAGAUCCGCAAGGAGAUGGGCGGUGAGUUGAGUCGGGAAGAGCUGAAAGACGCCUUUCUGAAUCUCAUCAUAGCCGGCCGAGAUAGCACUGGAGAAGCUCUUACAUGGGCUUUCUACCAUCUCCUAAUGAAUGAAGAUCUCGUGGCUAAGAUAAGGGAGGAAGCAAGUACAAUCACCGGUAAAGAUAGAGCCGGUCAAGUCACCUAUGAGAACAACAAGGAAUUCAAAUGGGCCCAUGCAGUCGUCCUGGAAACCCUUAGACUACAUCCAAGUAUCCCCAAAAAUAUCAGAUUUGCUCUCAAGGCAGACAAAAUUCCUGGUGGACCGGUGAUCGAGGCGGGUGAUGCGGUCAGAUGGAGUGAUUGGGCGAUCGCUCGAGACCCUGAGGUCUGGGGAGAAGACUGUCUUGAAUUUCGGCCGGCUAGAUGGAUUGACGAGAAUGGAAACAUCAAGCAGUUUAGCCAGUUCAAGUUCCACGCCUUCAACGGCGGCCCAAGGGUUUGCUUGGGUAUGAACUUUGCAAUCUUUCAGUGUGUCUGCCUGAUCGUAGAAGUUUUUCAUAACUUUGAGCUCGAGUUUGCCCCAGGCUGGUUACAACAGGUCCCGAAAUCGCCUAUCGUCGGUGACUCCUCCACUUCAUCUAACCUGUAUCGGACACCCCAUUACAAGCCGUCACUCACGCUUCCAAUGUCACAGCCGAUGAUGGUGACUAUCAAAUCCUAUCAAGGUGACAACUGA